AUGGAACACAUUGACACCAUAUCCUCCUUUGUCGAGGGGCCCCUCCAGGCGAGCUUGACGACGUCAUCGCAGGUAUAUAUCAAAGCUCUCACGAUAUCGACCCCGCAAGUAAUCUCCAAACUCGCGCCUGCCUUUGAAAGGUACAACGAAGAGCAGUUCACGACAGUCAAGCUGCCGGGCAGCAGCCAACAUCAAGCGAGCGCUGUUCAAUCUCACGUUUUGGACAGCUCCAGGUCCGAUAUUGUAAAUUCGAUAUUGAAGAGUUUGGGGACAUAUGUCGACGACCACUAUCCUAGCGCAUCGUAUGGCGCCUACCCAAUUGAUGAUGACUCUAAGGUCGCUAUCAUCAUCGUGGCUAACAAGUAUAGCCCGAAUAACUUUUGGAAUGGACGAUGGAGGUCUCUCUACAUUUACGAUCCUUCGUCAGGGAGUCUUGAAGGGUCAAUCAAGAUCGAUGUCCACUACUAUGAGGACGGAAAUGUGCGCCUCCUUACUAACAGGUCGGUCACGGCUACAGUCUCUGGCGGGACUGGAAAUGGAAUUGUGAGGGAGAUUUCAACCGCGGAGAAGAAGUACCAAGAGGAGGUGAACCGAGCUUUCACCGGAUUGAGCGAGGGUGCAUUUAAGAGCUUGCGACGGCAACUACCCGUGACGAGACAAAAGAUUGAGUGGGAGAAGGUCACAACGUACCGAUUAGGCCAGGACAUUGGUGGGGAAGCUCGAGGCGAUAGGCCGACUUCCUAG